AUGAAUCAUGCCAGCAAAGACAACGAAGGCUCGCCUCUCGACCAUGAUCCAACUUCGAAACUUCCCUCCAAAUCAUCUCAACCACCCUUAACCAUGUCUUCCCCAUCAAAGUUGGACACUGGUUGGAAUUCCACCGAUACUCGAAUCUACUAUGCCAAAAAGUACCGACAAAUCCUUUCUUCUGCUCCCGCUUGCGCCUUGGCCGUUGUUGCAGGGGCUCCUCUCGAGAAUAUCAAAGUUCGAAUGCAAUCGCGCCACUUCCAGAAUGCUUUCCAAGCCACCAAAUACACAUAUCGUACUGAAGGACUUCGUGGUUUCUGGGCCGGUACAUUCAAUCCACUCGUUUCAAUCACCACCUCGCGAGCACUCGGUUUCUCCAUCUAUCGAAAAGCGAAAUAUACUUUGGAUGGCUGGAUCGAAGCAGCUACGGGCCGAUCUCCUCUCCAGCAUGUCAACAAACCAGGAACUUAUCCUGACAUCUAUACACUGACUUGUUUCACUGGCGCUGGAAUGGUCUCGGGUGGUGUAACUGCUGUCGCUCUGACGCCCGUUGAACUCAUCAAAAAUGCCACCCAAACCUCCGUUCUCAUGGCGUCUCAAGGAAAUAUCACAACCAUCGACCCCAUGACCCACAAGAAUGCUGGACGGGUAAGCUCCUGGGCCUCCAUGAGACGGAUCGUUGAGCGACGAGGACCUUUGGGUCUGUGGACCGGUUUUCGUCUUCAUCUUCUCCGCGACGUCAUUGGAAGCGGCAUCUAUUUCGGAGUAUAUGAGACCACGAAACAAUCGUUGAAUUCAUACUAUGGCGCCGAGAAGGCCAAUUCUGCUGGUGCUGUUGCAAUGGCUGGUGCAAUCUGCGGUGUCGGCGCUUGGGUUGUGACAUAUCCACUUGACACCAUGAAAACUCGCGCGCAGAACAAUCUCGUUGGCUCAGACUACACUACUACCGCAUCCACCGUCGCCUCCAAACCCUCUGCGGCGCUGUCUUCCGCUCUCGACACUGCCGCCAAGGCCGCUGCGCUCUCCUCGAAGUGGAAAGGCGUCGAAAUGAUCAUCCUGCGCUCGUCAAUUCAAAAUAUGAUCCAAAUGUCCUUUUUCGAGCAGGCUAAAGUGGUCAUUGACAACCUGACCUUCUCCGACGGCAGUCGCACCUUGCCAGAGGUCGAGCGGCACUUUGGUCGCGACAGUAAGGUCCACAAGAAUGACAAGUUGUAG